AUGACAGACUUACAGGGAAAUAAGUGCAAGCUUUCAGACUGUCCUGCAAUCUAUAAAGGAGACUCACAGACAACACAGUGGCAACAAAAAAGGCAAUGGAUUAAGGCUGCGCAAGGUUGUGGGACUCUUGAUUCAUUCUUCAGUCAACAGCCAAAAACUCCAAACAAUGGACCAUUGCUGGUCGAGUCUGAGCAGGAGCUACUGUCUGACUUGGAACAAGACCCUGCACUGGAUUUCACACUUAGUACUGGAUUUGAUAUGGCCGAUUUAUGUGCAACAUACCUUGAAACAUGGCUGGACAAGCAGGGACAUAAUAUGGUACUUGAUGAAGAGGAUGAACUUGAGCUGCACGAAGACUUGGAAUACCCACCUGAGUCAGCUGAGAUCGAGUCAGCUUGUGAAUGGCUUGAUGUCAAUGAUGAAGAAAAUGUUGAACCUCACAAUACUCUCUUGCUGGUGGAUGUGUGUUUGAAAGAGGCCAAGAAGUUACGAACCCCACGGUUGAUCAAGGUUAUCACCCAGCUCAGUGCUAUUGCACAGUAUCAUGCUUGGACGAAGUAUCCUUGCCUCAGUGCCAGCCUUGCAAUUGCAAGGAGAAUGGGAAAGGGACCAUACUUUGCUCAGCAAAUCCGACAUGCAACCCUGUUGGAUAAUGAAACUGUUGUUCAGUCUGUUCAUCAAUACCUCACUAGCCAGAAUCUUGGAACCAUUGCUCCCCACAAUCUCUGCAAUCACAUCAACAAGGUCAUCAUCCCUGCAUUGGGUCUAAUGGCAGACACAUCAAGUAUCAGUGAACGCACAUCACUCAACUGGUUGAAGAAGCUCAAGUACCUUUGUAAAAAUGUUCAGAAGGGAAUCUUUAUGUCUACAUAUGACAACAAAACUCUCACUUGCGUACCUCCUAAAUUAGGCCCAGGCAAGAAGGAGCAUGUGCUCAUCACACAGGAUGAGUGCAUCUUCCAUCCCAUCAAGAAGAAGGGUAAUGGUCAUUCAAUACAUGUCUUGGAUUUCAUCUGUGAAACAAUUGGGUUUCUCACACUCUCGAUGACUCAGAUAGAAGAGCAGAUGAAAUUACCUCUGGAAUCUCACCUCUGCUCAUUCACUGCAUGUCACAUAAUUUAUCCAGGGAAAAAUCACAAUGCUUGGUGGGAUCUGAAGCAGCUGGUAGAAAAUGUCAAAGAUGCUAUUGAUGUUUUUGAACAUACCAAUCCCAGAAUGGUCGCCAUCUUUGUUCUUGACUGUUCAUUAGCUCAUGAAGGCCUUGCCCCUGAUGCUCUCAACAUAAACAACAUAAACAUUGGUCCUGGAGGCAAGCAGAAAUCUCUCCAUGACACCAUCAUUCCAUUAUCAAACCCACCACCAAAGCCUGGCCAUCUCGAUACAUGUGGAGUGCCUCAGACACUCAUUUACCCUUCUUUGCAUCCCAAUGAAAAACUUGCUGGAAAACCAAAGGGCAUGAGAGCAGUGUUGGAAGAGAGAGAGUCGGUUUGGGAUGAGUAUAUUGAGAGGCUCCAGGGGCGAAGGGUUGUUGCAGCUGAGGCUGAAGGUGAACCAGAUGAGGUUGAAUCUGAGGCUGACAAUUGGUGUUGUAUUUUCAAGGUGCUCUCUCUACAAGAGGACUUCGCAACUGAAAAACCAAUGCUUCAACACCUCAUUGAGAGUCAAGGGCAUGUUUGCCUUUUCUUACCAAAGUUUCACUGCAAACUCAAUCCUUCGGAGAUGGUGUGGGGGUACAGAAAGUAUUGUGAGUCAGCUAUUAAUGAAAGCUUAGGUUUUCAUAAUGCAUCGGAUGGUAAAUUCCUGACUGCAAAAAUUCUUGUUCCUUGA